CAAUCACACUACUGGGGAUUACUGUGUGCUACACUACAAAGCUCGUGGUUGGACUUCUGCAGGUGCAUACGAGGUUAAAGGUGAAGUUUAUAACAAGGAUAACAAGAAGUUGUGGAUUCUAGGUGGUCAUUGGAAUGAAGCCCUAUAUGCCAAGAAAGUUACUAAGAAAAACGAUGAGGAUAUGACCAUUGAUAAGACUAAGAGUAGUGUAGGCAAAUCAAUCGACGAACCAAAAUUCGAUGGUAGUAAGUUUUUGAUAUGGCGUGCCAACGACAUACCCGAUAUUCCAUUCAACU